CUUACUUAUAUAAUUAACUGGUACGUGAACCCAAGGCUAUUCCGCUAGUUUCCUACUUUUCCCUUCUUUUCAUAUCCAGAUCCUCCCAAACCAGCUACCUUCCAGUUUCACCUCCGGGAAUUCAUCCCUUCUGUCCUUUUCGUUCCACGAGAUAUUUCUGUCGAGACACCUAUCCUGAGUAACAACAGAUAGAUCCGCACUCUGAGAAAGCUUGUCCAACCUUCCCCCCCCCCCGGCUCAUCACCAUGUCGCACGAAGCUGAAAACGAUCACAAUGGCAACAAUGACCAUCUGGUCCAGUCGUCCGACCCUGAGCACCCGGCCAAUAUGAUCCCAGAGCUCUGCCGUAAAUUCUACAACUGGGGUUGGGUUACUGGGACUGGUGGUGGGACCUCCAUUCGUCGCGGAGAACAUAUUUUCAUUGCUCCCUCUGGUGUGCAGAAGGAGUUAAUGCAACCGCACAACAUUUUCGUCCUGCAGUUCCCUACUCCCAAGUAUCCUCCCUCCGACCGCAAGUACAUCCGCAAGCCACUGCAACUAAAACCCUCUGCAUGCACCCCGCUGUUCCUUGCUGCCUUUGAACGUGGUGCUGGCUGCUGUAUUCACACCCACUCCCAAUGGGCGGUCUUGGUUACCCUCCUGGUCGAGCGUGAGAAAGGUCCCGACGCCUGCUUUGAAAUCAGCAACAUUGAACAGAUCAAGGGUAUUCCCAAGGGCAAGGGUAAGGGGAUGCUGGGCUUCUUCGAUACCCUGAAGAUUCCUAUUAUUGAGAACACUGCGUUCGAGGAGGAUCUUACGGGAAGCUUGGAGAAGGCGAUGGAAACCUACCCAGAUACCUAUGCGGUUCUCGUGAGGAGACACGGAAUCUACGUUUGGGGAGAUGAUGUGGCCAAGGCAAAGACCCAGUGUGAGAGUUUGGACUAUCUAUUCCAGCUGGCUGUGGAAAUGCACAAGCUGGGUAUCGCCUGGGUCAAAUAGGGCCUGUCUAGGACUAAGCCUACCACCAUGAACUUUACGACGGUGAACGUGAUGAUAUUGAUGAAUGGUUAGAUAGAUAGGUAUAUAUAUGAACACGUGUGAAUGGAAUUGUCGAAGCUUCAGUAUACGUUGUAUAUCACGAUAGAAAAGAGGAGUCGACUUUAUCUGACGUUAUAACCAAGUAACCUGGUAGUGAAGAUUUUAGAUAUACAUAUAUAU